AUGGAAGGUCGGAGCGACUGGCUUGCCUCCUCUUCCCGCCAUGAGGGCUUCGAGCAGAUGAAGCUGAAGAGCAGACCCCGGGAGCCCUCGCCCAGCCUGGCCAGAGUGGCCGCCAACUUCUACAGCCCCGUCAAGCAGCAGGACUACAGCGCCGGCGUUUGGCUGAGGCGGAAAGACAAAUUGGAGCAGUCCCAGCAAAAAUGCAUUGUGAUCUUUGCCCUGGUUUGCUGCUUUGCAAUUCUGGUAGCACUGAUAUUUUCAGCUGUGGAUAUUGUGGGAGAAGAUGAAGAUGGACUUUCAGAAAAGAGCUGUCAAAAGAACUGUUGGGUUGCUCUUGUGGAAAAUAUUCCCGAAGGCAUAAACUAUUCAGACAGUGCACCAUCUCAUUUGUCUCUUUUCCAAGGCUGGAUGAAUUUACUUAAUAUGGCUAAAAAGUCUGUUGACAUAGUUUCCUCCCAAUGGGAUCUCAGUCCCAGUCAUCCAUCUGCAUGUCAGGGGCAACAUCUUUUUGAGAAAUUGCAAGAUCUCUUGUCUGAAAAUAUUGAGAUUAAACUAGUGAGCGAUAUUCUUCCAGUGAAAUCAAAGGUAUUACACAACUUGAAAAAAAAGGGUGCAGAAGUGAUGUACAUAAAUAUGACUGCGUAUAACAAAGGCCAUCUUCAGUCAUCAUUCUGGAUUGUGGAUAAACAACAUGUAUAUAUUGGAAGUGCUAGUUUAGACUGGCAGUCACUGGGACAGAUGAAAGAGCUUGGUGUCGUUGUCUACAACUGCAGCUGUUUGGUGGCAGAUUUACAAAGAAUAUUUGCCUUGUACAGUUCAUUAAAGAACAAGAGCAAAGUGCCAUCUACUUGGUCUAAGAGACUGUAUGCCGUGUAUGACACACAAAACAAACUGAUUCUUAAAUUGAAUGAAACCCAGUCAAAAGCCUUUGUUUCGAUUUCUCCCAAGCUUCUAUGCCCUAAGGACAGAGUCUUGGAUGUUGAUGCUAUCUACAGUGUUAUUGAUGAUGCCCGGCAAUUUGUGUAUGUGGCUACUAUGGAGUACCUGCCUAUUGUUAGAGACCACAAUGAAACAAGGUACUGGCCAUAUUUGGAUGGCAAGUUAAGAGAAGCACUAAUUUUACGCAAAAUUAGAGUACGACUCCUCAUAAGUUAUUCAAAAGAAACAGAUCCACUCACAUUAAAUUUUGUUUCAUCUCUUAAAGCAAUUUGUCCUGAAGUUUCUGGCUGUAAUUUGAAAGUUAAAUUCUUUGAUCUUGAAGAAGAAAGUGCUUGCUUUUUAAAGGAACAGAAAAAUACUUCCCUUCUUAAAAUCAAUCGCAAUAAAUACGUAGUGACUGAUAGAGCUGCUUAUAUUGGUAAUUUUGACUGGGUUGGGACCUAUUUUAAUCAGAAUGCUGGAGCUGGUCUUGUUAUUAACCAGGUAGACAACGGGAACAAAACCAGCAUCAUCAAGCAACUUAGAGCUGUGUUUGAAAGAGACUGGUAUUCACAUUAUGCUAAAAGUAUACCACCGACAAAGCAUCCAAACUGUAUAAGCUACAAGCAUAGCAAAGGAGCAGCUAAUAAGUCUGCAAUGGGCAAUGAAAACUGAAGACUGUUUUACUAUUCACAUGGAGAAACAAAAUGGGACUGAUACCCGCUUCUCCUUUCAUAUUUAUGAAUAACAGACUUUUUAAAAAAAGAAAAAGCAAAAAAAAUUUAUAGGAAAAGCACACUUAUAUAAAAUGUUCUUUCAGCUAUAUUCUCUAUAUUGAAUUAUUUACAAACAUUAGAUUUGUUACUGCAGGCGCUGAAUAUCAUUUCUGCUUUUGCUGGUUUGAAGGAUUCAUGUUUAAAUUUAAAUGCAUGCUCUGAUUCUUCAGUUUUAGGAUUAUUCCUACCUCUCUUUGUUGAUAUUCAUAAGCCUUGACUCAAGUUUGAUAACAAAAUUUUUAGAUUGGCUGAGGGCAGAUUUUUACCCACAAGAAAACACGCAGGUAUGAACAGUCACUCUUGCAUAUAAAUGGCAUAUCCCCAGUGCAUCAUCCUCUGAACCAUAUUUUGGUUUAAGAAUAUAAUUUGAAUAUCUGCUGACAUUUAUCUUAUUAAAUUAUAUUAAAUUAUAUUAAAUAUGAAAUGAUUUAUUUUUCUUGUUAUAAUCCAACCAAAAUGAAAAGGCCAACCUUAACUUUUCUGCCAGCAAGGCAUUAGUCUAAUUUUAAUUUCUGAAAAAUAAUUUACUAUGAAUGUCUUGACUUUCUGGCUGCAAGAAGAUAUUUUCCCUGUAUUUUUCUAAUUUUUUUUACAUUUAUCAGCAAUAGCUUGUAUAUAUAAUUUCGUGCUAUUUUAAAGUAACGCAUCUGCCAAUUUGCUGGAAAUACUCAUCAUUAAACCUCAAAUAGUAAAAUUCUUUCAGGAGGCCUCAUAAUUGUGAACAUUUUGCUUUUCUACUGGUGAGGUAGGUUUGUUUGUCUGUCUUAAUGAAAGAGAACACAGUCAAAUUGUAGAGGCGAUCCUCAUUCACAGAAAGCCUGCACCUGCCUCUGGGCACAGAUGCACAGGUAGUGAGACAGAAUACUAGGGGAGGGAGAGGUCUCUGUGCUUCCAAUUUCCCCAUGCCUCCUUCACAUAUUUUUUAUGCUUGCAACAUAAGAAAGGGCUAGAUGGGGAUAUGGGAGAUGUACACAAAGCUCUGCUAUCCCUCCUAACAUCCAUGUUUGCUGCUUGCAAAGUAGAAAGAGGAGGGAAAACAACCAUAUUGGAAUCCUUUGUGAAUCAACACAGCACUUCCCAUUGUAAGUAGAACAGAAAACUGAAAUGUCAAUUCUUUUCAAAUCUAACUGAAAUGCAUUUCAAAACUACAAUUAUUUUGCCUCAUUGGAGGAAUUCUCAAUCAACAAAGAAGUUAAUCAUUAAAGGGUAAG